CACCAAAUGAGCAGCUAGCUGGUAGCAUGAAUAUUUGUCGCUUAGCUUCUUGUCAGAGAAAUGUGGAGAACAUCGAUUUGUGCAGAUUAGCAUAACAACGAUAUGAACAUAACUUGCCUGUAUGUUGGAUUAACCUUUCUUUUUCAGUGAAAGACGGUGAAGUUAGGCUAAAGUAGCRUUGUGUCAGAGAGCAUGUUACCUAAACUAUAAUAUAAGGACAUCAACUCCAUAAACUAGUUUUUCAUUCCCCGUCAAGAAGAUAAUUAAGCCGCAGACUCGGGUUACACUCCUCCAUCAGAUGGCGUUCUGCCUGGCUGAGCUGCACUUGUGGUCCACCAAGAGCUCGCUCCAAGUUAAAGAUACAGAUAUUGGCACCUAUCAGUACUACGAUAAAGGAGAGCCAGCUCGAGGCUAUCCGUGGACCCCCAGUAACCGGCGACCUGAAAAGCUACGUGAUUUGCUGAAGGAGCUGGAGGAACUGCUGCAGACCAACACCUGCAUUCACACCAGAUGGAGAACCAAGAACUGCUGCCAGGUGAUGCUGAGCAGUGGAGUGCUGGUGACUCUCACUCUAAACGGACCCCAGCUUGAACAUGUUUGUAUAGAUCGCAUAUUAGUGGGUCGACUUCCUGCCAACACUGUGACUGAUGCGGUGCUGAGCAAUCAUCUGAUUCUGCUGUCCUUCCUGGAGCARAGCCAAGUGGCUGCAGUGUACCUGAACAAAAAGAACCAGGAUUCUCUGGAGACUGGCAGGCGAACAGACAAACUCUCACCUUCUGAAAUUAAGGUGGUGUGCGCAGAGUUGRGUGGGUGUAGUCGUAAGCGCCACCGACGUGUGUGUCUCAACCGUCUCCAGGAUGUGGCGCUCUGCUGGUGGAACCUGGAUGAAGCCAGCGAGGAGCUGUGGCCRUGGCCUCAAACAGACACACACAGGAACAACCUGUUCCUGAUUGGCUGCUCACCUUCUGAAGGCCUGAAGGUUCUGUGUUCUGUCCGGACUGAGGGCAACCCUCUGGACUGCAGCUUUAGCCAGCUUCAGCACUACCAGAUGCUGACGGUGGAGUUACCUGCAGGACCUCGGGGGGUCCGACAGGCCUCCUGCGCUCACACCUGUGUGUACGAAUGCUCACGAGGGCGACUGCACCGCCUGUCCGCCGGCGCCGUCCCACUGCCUUCGCCUCCURUCUCCUGUGCCCGUCAUCCCUCUGAGACCGCUCUCCUCUUGGGUUUGAGCGACUCCUCCGUAGUUCUUCACGACCAGAGACGGGGGGUCUCGUUGCUGGCCUCCUGCCCUGUGCCACCCACUUACAUGGYCUGGCACCCCGCGGGGGCUGUUGCCAUGUUAGCAGGAGGCCAGGAGGAACUGAUGUGCUUUGAUGURAGCUUGGCACCUUUAAACAUGGCACUUCUAGCAGAGGAGGUAGCUCCAGCGGCUACGUUAAACCUGACUCAGCACAUGCGCUGCUCUGGAGGCCUGGUUGGACUGAAGUGGGGGACAGGUUUGGAUGGAGGCCCAGAAGGGACGGACAUUCUGACAUUAGUCUUCGAUGGGGGACCACUAGCUGCCUUAAGAUUUAAACUAGGAGCUCUGACAGGGGGCCAGCUGGGUCUGGGUGAGCUGCUGCAUCAGAGGCUACGUUGUGGGCAGGUCAGGGAGGCUCAGGGCRUCCUGGAGGCGAUGGACUGGAGCACCAUGGGGUACGAGUGCUAUCGAGGCCUGAGCUCCAUCGUGAACCACCUGCUGAGACUGCAGCUGAACGCUGAGCGGGAAGCCCAGCUAGAAGCARCUCUGGGUGUGUUUUACGCCCCACCCGUCCCUCUCUCUGAUACUGUGAUAUUAGAGUACAGGGAGCCAGUCAGCAAGUGCGCUCGCCGCUUUUUUCACCACCUCCUCAGGCAUCAGCGCUUCGAGAAAGCCUUCCUCCUCGCUGUAGAUUUAGAAGCUCGAGAUUUAUUUAUGGACCUCCAUUAUGUUGCCAGUGAUAAGGGUGAGGUGGUGUUAGCGGAUGUGGCCAAAAGGAAAGCUAAGGAAAUCGAAGCCCAAACUAUCGCAGCCAACGCUGAUCCUCGGAGUGGCAGAAACGAUUCCAGCUUCAGUGAACAAGCAGCAGAGAGGAACCGGAGCACGAACCCUUCGUCCUCACACAACGUCACAACUCGCGCCGACGGAGCCAAUCAGAGAAGACCUCAAACAGAAUCCAUCCAGGUGACCGUCAGCCCAGAUCUUCUCAGGAUUCUGAGACAAACAGGAAGCAGCAGACGUGACACAGACGGGGGAAACAAAUUUGUCAAUGAAGAGCAGAGUAAACGAAAGGGGAAACGUCUUGACGCGGAGACGUCGGGUUCGAUGGGAAGCGCUGGAGCCUGCGGGCCGGCGAGCCUCCAUGGAGGGGCUGCAGGGAGAAAACAAGUUGGAACGAGGCUUCGCCACAUCCUUUCCAGCUUCUCCGUUCUCCUGUUGUCGUUCACCCUGAGGAUGUGACGACGUCGUCAAAAAAGCAGCAGCCCCCCCUGUGACAUUGUCAGACUCUCGGACCUCGCGACGCAGGAAGUCCUGGCCUGGCGCCCUGCGUGAUGCCAUCGGUGUGAAAACAAGCGGCACCGUUUGGGAACUGCUUAUCAGCUACAAGUUUUGGCCGACGAAGCAAUCAGUCCACCCGACAGAAGUAGAGAGGUGACCAAAUCUCCCAGCACACUCUGGGAUCAGGUAACCAGUGUGCUCCUGUAAUUCCACCCAGCUGAAGAGAAAAAGGCGGCUCCACGCCGAGCCUCCAAACCCUGGGAGGACUCUUCGGAUUCCUCUCGGAGCUUUAGAGCCUGAGCCGGCUGGACUUGGACUCAGCAGUGGAGCCCACUCAAAGCGACUCUUCUCUCGUCUUUGAGUUUGGAUUCCAGAGGUGGUCGGCGGCUUUGCCGAACACUUCAAAAAUCCCACAACAGACGCACACCCCCAAUAAAAACCCACCUACAGCAGCUUCCAGCUUCGUGCGCUCAGACUUCAAGACAAAUYGAGGCCUGACAAAGCAAAGAAACCRGAGCCRCCGGGCCGAACUACACCCACGUCGCUGUACAGUUGACCCCAGAUUAACCUCCCUGGUAAAUAUAAUCCUCCUCCAUGUCACCUCUCGCUGCUCGCACCGGCCUAUGAACACGCCAGGAUGCCAAGGUCUGGCUGCUUCUGACAGCCAAUGAAAGACGAGCAACAGUCUGAGUGUUUUUUUUUUUCUUCGUUAAUGGAAGAACGCAGUCCCAGCAUGCAGGCCGCUAUCGGUGCAUCUCCUGGUCCCUCGACUCGCCGUCGUUCUCACACGAGGCCUGUGAGGUCUCGUUCAGCCAAAUACUGGCGGAUCAGUCGUUAUCGCUCUCKCCGAGAUCUGAAUCGAAGCGCUCAUGCAGCAAGAACGGUCCGGCUCGGUUCCGGUUCACGUCCCGGGACAGAGUGUGAACUAAAUGUCAGCGGCUUCCGGUCCACCCACACUCGCUCGUUGCGGAGCGGGCGAGAGGUCAGGAGGUCAAACGGUUCACAGCAGGCGCUUCAGCUGAGUUCAGGGCACAGCACUGACUGUGGCCUUCUGAGGACGCAGCUGCAAAACAACCAAUUAUUUCCCUCUUUUUUAAAGUAAAUUGAUUGUAUGCAUGUUUUUGUAUCUUUUUCAGCUUCUUGUCGUGAGUUACUCUGCUUUAAAAACCACCAUGUUUACAUGUUGAACAAGCACAAACUGUCGUCCGUAUUUGUUCUUUCUGCAGCAGAGGUUGGUUUUCAGACGAGUCGGAGCUCCAGCAGCAGCUCAGUGGCUCUGCAGCGUUUUGGGAGAUAAAGAUGUUUUCAUUUUGUUCUUGCUCCUCUGGUUGUGGCRCCUUUACGGACCAGAUGAAGACGGGUUUCGGGACGUUUUGAGGUCUUUUCUGCUCCUGUUGUCUGGUGAAACCUGCAGAACCAGAGGCUCUCUGAUGGAUCUGAAUUUACACUUUUACUCAUUCUCAGAUGAAAAUUUUUUACAUUUCAAAUGAGAGUCGUGAACUGUUUUUAAAUAUUUGAGUUUAGUUUCUGAGAAGGAUUCAUAUUCAAAAUAAUUUAAUUUCCACUGAUUAAAUUUUCACUUUUCAGUGAACUUCAGUUUUCACUUUUUCAUCUGUAAGUUAUCUUUGUCAUAACAUUUGAGUAAAAUAGAAAGUUUAUUAAUUCCUUCAUGGUUUUUGUCUUAAAAAGCAAGAAAAAAGCUUCUAAUUAAUCCAAUAUACCUUUAAAUUAAGACAAAUUAAAAUUUGAGUGAUU